GUAAUGACAUACAAUGAGAACGAGGUAAGCCAGAGAGAGAAAGGAGUUUGGACUGCCAUCUUGUUUUUUCCUGUGGAUAAUAAUUGAGAGCUCUGGUCGUUUCCACGGGGUAUUCCCGAGAAUUUCAGGAGUUUCACUCGUUGAAUAUCGAUGAAGAAAUUAAAAGAGGAAUGCCUAAGGAGAAGUACGAAAGCAGCAAAGAGAGAAGACAGCAUCGCAUACUCACCCCGGAGGAGGUAGCAGCGGGGAAGAAAACAAAAUGGGAGGCUCUGGAGAUUACGGGAACCAUACGGAACGUUAGUCCCAGGUUAUGGAAUUUAAACCAUCUAACAGCACUGUACCUCAACGACAACUGUCUCCAGCGCGUUCCUGCCGAGAUUUGUCACCUUACAAAUCUCCUUUAUUUGGAUUUAUCUGCCAAUAAGUUGAGAAGUUUACCUGCAGAACUUGGUGACAUGGUAUCACUCAGGGAACUGUUGUUGAACCACAAUUAUUUACGAGCAUUGCCUUUGGAACUAGGACGUUUAUUUCAGUUAAUUAUGCUGGGUUUGAAAGGCAAUCCUCUGCCCAAUGAGGUGCUGAGUAUUUAUGAAGAUGGAAAUGGUACACAGCGACUUCUUACGCAAUUAUUAGACAGUCUGCAUGCUGGAUCUCCCAAUGUGAUGCCCCCUGUCAGGCCGUGGCUUCACCUCGCACAUCCUGAACGAUCGAAACCUGCAGCAAUUUACUCGCUGAUGUGUUACAAUGUCCUAUGCGAUAAAUAUGCUACAAGGCAAUUAUACGGCUACUGUCCAUCAUGGGCUCUAGACUGGGAGUAUCGCAGAAAAGGCAUCAUGGAUGAAAUCAUUAACAAUAGUGCUGAUAUAAUAUGCCUUCAGGAGGUUGAAACGGACCAAUACUUCAACUUCUUUCUGCUUCAAUUGAAGCAGCAUGGGUACGAUGGAGUGUUUAGCCCGAAGUCAAGAGCAAAAACAAUGGGAGAGCAUGAACGCAAGCAUGUUGAUGGGUGCGCCAUCUUCUUCAGAACAAGCAAAUUCAGCCUCGUCAAAGAACAUCUUGUGGAGUUCAAUCAAGUUGCCAUGGCGAAUGCCGAGGGAUGUGAGGACAUGUUAAAUCGUGUGAUGACGAAAGAUAAUAUUGGCAUCAUUGCCCUACUGGAAAUACGGGAAGGGUGUUUUGAUCCUUCCUUUAGCUCGGAGUCAACUCCAAGACAGCUACUAAUGGUAGCGAAUGCCCACAUCCAUUGGGACCCAGAAUUCUGUGACGUAAAGCUCAUCCAGAUUAUGAUGCUCAUGAAGGAACUGAAGAAGUUUCAGGAAGAGGAGUCCCACAGCUUCAGGCCCGGGUCAUCGAGCUCGGCGAAUGAUCAACCUGCUAUACCGCUUCUUUUAGCUGGUGAUUUCAACUCUCUGCCUGAAUCAGGGGUGAUUGAAUAUUUGGCCAAGGGUAAGAUCUCGCUCAACCAUCCGGAUUUUAAAGACAUGGACUACAAGAAGCUAUUCAACUUCAGCAGUAGUCCUGAACAAAACGGUCACAUCAGCCAUUCCUUUCGUCUUCGUAGGUCCUAUGAGAACACGCAUAUGGAAUUUACGAAUCACACGUUUGAUUUCAAAGGCGUUAUCGAUUACGUCUUCUACUCCCACGACUACAUGUCGCCACUCGGGGUCCUAGGCCCAAUGAACUGUGAGUGGUUUGAGAGUCAGAAGGUGAUGGGCUGCCCGAAUCCGAACGUGAUGUCAGACCAUUUUUCCCUGUUGGUCGAGUUUGAAAUGCCAUUAAAUUUGAACAGCGGGGUUACUGGUAGCGGAAACAACCACAUCGUACUAUCACGGCGGUAACGGCCCAAGCACUUCUAUAUAAGAAUCACAGGUUCUUCAAUGAUAAUCUGUACAGUUGUGUAUAUGAGUUAUUUUUAUGUCACAGAAUUGAAUAGUAAUGACAGAUUUAAAAAUAAUGACAUAAUAUGAUAAAUGUCCCAUACUACUUGUUAUGAAGACUAAUUUGUUGUAUCUUUAACUGAAGGCUUUGUAUCUGAUGUUUGAUAAAUUUGUAGAAAAUGCACUUUUGAACUCUAACCCAAGCCACUUUUGAACCCUGACCCAUUCUGUGCCACUGUUAAUUGUUAUCACUUCAUGUUUAACAUCACACAUUAUUGUUAAAUUUAAUUGCUGACAAUUUUAUUUGCAGAAGUCAAUCAAAUUUGAGAGAAAAUGUUUUUUUCUCUAUAUUUUAAACUUAUUUUUUAAAGUUUCCUCAUUGUAUUGUUGAAUUAAGAGACAAUUUCAUUUAUAAUUUUUAGAUUACCAAGGAUGAUAGAAAUACCGACCCUUUUCUGAGGGUUCUGUCCGCACUUACCAAUUUUCUGGGACAAAUACUUGCAAUGUGCUAUAUAUAUGGGCAUGGUGAUGUCAUAUGCCCAUAUAUAAGGGCAUAUCACAGGUAUAUAUUGCUUGAAAGUUGUUUGUGUGAACAGAAUUUGACAUUAUGUAAAGGUAAAUAUAUUGCUAAGGAGUUGCUCUGUUGUCGCAAAAGUUAAUAAUGAUCAUUUUCAUCAUAAAUUACAACAUUCCUUUUAUAUUUUAUAGACUUGAAUGAUAAGUUCAAAUUUUCAUCUCCACUUGCUGUAAAAUUUUCUGAAAGGCUAUCCCAGAUUAUUUGUUUAUUCAAAUUUUUAAAUUGCUUGUUGUGUUUUUUUUUUUUUUUUUCCUGAUAUUUUAAUUUAUACAGAAUGGGAGGAACAAUGGUGUUGGCUGGUUUUGAGCAGUAAUUUUACCUAAUGGAAUGAUUAAUGAUAGAUAAAUUUAGUUCUGAGUACAAGAAUGACUAGAGAAAAAAGUAGGACAUCCUAAAAUGUUGAAAUAAAUUAGGACCAAAUGUGUGCAUUUAUAAUUUCAAUUAUCAAUUGAAAUCAAAAGUUAGAUCUAUAGAAUUAAUUGAUAGAGCUUUUGAAGCGACCAAGUUUGUUUGAUGUAGAAUUGUUGUCAGAUAGGCCAUUACACCUUUUGGCAAGAAAUUUCUUGUCUAUUUUACCAAUUGUUUUAUUUACUAGAGUUCCUUCCUUUAUUCAUCCUUGUGUGUUUAUGUUGCGGUUGCCAAGUUAUUCAAGUUUUCUUUAGAACUUCACCGAUACUCCGCAUGUAACAGUAAUUCCAAAACCCAGCCAUAGUUUUAGAACUCACCCUAGUCCUGUAAUACACCAAUCAAUUAUUGGUUGUUAUCGAUUGUUUGUGUUACUCUAGAAUUUUCAUUGUUUGUUUUUGCAUAUUAUUAUGUACAUAUGGAUUUACACAAUGUGUACAAGUAUUUGUGUGCAUAUAUGUACAUAUUUAUAUGCAUAUAUAUCUGCAUUUAUGUACAUAUUUUUAUGUGCAUAUAUGGAUGUGCAUGCAUAUUUUUAUGAAGAUAUGAAUAUGCAUAUAAUUUAUCUUAUGUAUUGGUGCAUAUAUGUACAAAUGUAUGGUCUGCAUAUAUGGCUACAUACAUAUGUAUAUGUACAUAGAAUUUUUUUAAGGUCAGUCAGUUUAUUUGGCUAUGGAGUACACUAAAUAAUUGUGAAUUUUGGAUUAUAUGUUUGAUGUUGGUUCUGCUUUGAUUCAACCAGCCAUCAUUCAUUUUGAACAGUGUACAUUACUAUUUUUCAAAGGUUGAUUUUCUGCCUGUCACAAAAGUAUUACUAUUUUAUAAAAAAAAAAGAGAAUAUACAAUUGUGGCCAGUUUUGACAAAUUUCAGCAAAUUAGAUUUACCAAUACUUAGCUAAAUGUUGCUUGCGCUCUUGGUAACUGGGUUGGCAGGUUAUGCAGCUUAUUGGUCCCAAACUUUUUUUUGUAUCUGGGGGACAUUUUGACUGGGCUGAAUUAUGGUGAAGUGUAAUCAUUUAUUUGAUCUUUGGUAGUUUGUUAUUCAAGUUGCAAUACGCCUUUGAAGUUUUAUUUUUUGGACAAUUAAAUGGGAACUGAAAUUUGAUUGGCUCAUACUUUCUGGAAAUGUCAGUGCUACCCUAGCACAUGAUAAGAUCAUUGGCAAAACGGGUGUCAGCCUAGGCUGUGCCUGCUGUCCCGUGGUUUGCUAAUAAUCUUGUCAUAAUCAUGAGAAUGUUAUAUUGGGAUGAUGACUUCAUCAUUUAAUCAGUUAGGGGUGAUGUCAUCAGUUUGUGAUGGUGUCUUCAGUUUUGUGAUGAUGUCUUCAGUAUGUGGUAAUGUCAUUAAUUGGUGAUGAUUUCCAGUUCAUGAGUUAGCUAUGGUGUUAUCUUAUGCUGACGAUGUAGUAUCACAAAACAUACGCCAACAAACUUGUCAUAAAUAUGAUUGCAUAGCAACUGUAUUCAAAGUACUCAACUGCUCAGUUGCCAUAGAAAUUUUCAAUGCAUUUUUCCAGAUUGUAUAUGUUUAGUAAUCAAUGCAAUUCAAUUUUCUCUUCCUAGAGCCAGUGUUUUAAUACAUGAUCCUGUUAGAUGUCAAAUCUUAAAUUUUCCCUAAUUUACGCAGCCAUUGUGUUACUGUACAGCUUGCUUUUUCAAUUCUUCGUGUAAUAAUGAUUCUGGUCUAGCCAUGUAGUUAAGUUGAUUUUUUAACGGUCAUAGACAGGGUCGGAGGUCAGUUUGCAAAGCACCACAUUUUAGUUGUCUUGAAUGUAGUUAAAUCUCUUUGAUCAAUUUUGUAUUUUUGCUUUCCUGAAGCUCUGGCUUUUCUAGGACCUUAGCAAAUUUUAAUUCAGAUUUUGACUAGAAUUAUCUCUUAGUAUGGCUUUUUUAUAAAACAAAAACAAUGAAUAUUUACAUUGACGGUAACAGAAUUAAAUCAGUUUCUGGGGCCCAUCAAUUGUCUGGUUUAUAUGUGAAAAUUGGUGCUUGGCGUGACGAAAUGUGCAAUUUAAGAAAUGGUCCAAAUAGUCUUCAGAAUUGAAUGAACGGCAGCUUAUGGAUUUUGACAUCAGCUUCUACAGCUUUCGGUUCUUGUCAGAAUUUGCUGAAAUUUUUUGCUGGGUUUUAGUGUUUUAUUUUUCCUGUGUAGGCCAUGCGUUUUGUCUGUCAUGGAUAAGGCUGGUUUUAUACACUGUCGUUGGCAGUGACAUCUUCAGAUGUUGAGAGAAGAGGAAACAUUCAUAUGUGCAAUUGAUCUGACCUAGAAAUGAAAUGAAGUUUUUUUUUUUGUUUUUUUUUGGAGAGUGAAUUUAGGUAAGGGGUGGGGCAAGUGAAAGAAAGGCUACAUUUUAAUGCUAAUUGGCUUGAGUUUUUAUUCAGUGAAUGUCAAUUUCUAGAGUCAAAGUGGAUGCUACCUGGUUUAAUGGUGGAAGGUAUCUUGUGAGCAUAGUUCAAAGGUCAUGUCAUAGUUUAAUUAAAACAUGACAUCAUCAUUACCAUCAUCAACAGUUUAGUCCUAAAGUAAGCUUUCUUAGUGUUGAUUUCAUUCCAAUAAUGUAACACCAAAGGUGUACAGAUGAAAAAGAAUAUUGUAACAUUUAGACUUCCAAAUUGUACAGAUUUAGGGUUCAUCGCAAAUAAAUGACCUUUAACCUUUGACACUUGAUACCAAAGAUGCUGGAGUGAACAGCUAUUGAAGAAUACACUGUCAUCAUCUUUUGAAACAGUACUAACUUUUAAUGAUCCUCAAAAAUAAGUGACUUGGUUUAUGGUAAAUUACAUUUAAAAAAAAGAUAAAAACAUCAAGUGGUAUAGAAAAAUUGAUAAAAUGUUUUGCAUUUGGCUCAAAAAUAUAUUUUCUAAAACUUGUAUAAUAUGAUUUGAAACAUGGGGAGUGAACAAUCUUUGUUGAUCUGUUAUCUCUUGAGUAUUUUUUAAACUUUCUGUUGGGCACUUCUUUUUAUUAUGCCUAAAUCUCACAAUUGAAAUAUUUUAGAAUCGAAUUUAUAGUAGAAUAUGAUAAUGUCACUUCUCAGGUGAUUACUGUUGUAAAAUGAGAUUUAUUACUUUACUAAUGGUCUAUACAUUCCUUAUUAGAAUUAACAACAAAAAAAAAGUGUUUUAGAACAGGUUGUAGACACUUCAAAAAUGGUUCAGCUGUGUACAAAACCCCUCAUCUGGAAUGUGAUCUCUCAUGGUAAAAUGAAAUGUAUGUGCAAGGCAAUUUUUUUAUCGCAUAAAGAAUCCUAUAAAGUAUUCAUGUUACUAGUAUACAUAUUUUUGUCAUUUUAUAAAGUAGGAAUUUUACAUACUGUACAAUUGGAGCCCUGGUAAUAUUGUAAAAAAAAAAAAAAAUAUUCGAAUUCAUAUCAAGUGAAUUGAUUAUGAAUUAUUUGAAAAUGAGUUAGAAAGUCUUAAUUUUUAUCUUGAAUUUAAUCACAACUGUGUUUCAACCGUGAAGAUUUUCACGGUGUUCAACAACGGUUUCCAGCAGCUGGUGGUUAUAAUUUCCAUGAGAGUUUACAAUCAACUAACUUGACAAAUUUCUAGAGUACUGUAAUCUCAACAUUUCAAUAGCCAUUGUGGGACUUAUUUUGGCAUAUUUUUUACAUCAUUUUAUAUGUAAAUGUGUUAUUUAUUUGUUAUCCCAUUUGAUGCAAUACAAGUGAAUCUCAAAACCUUUUUUCAUGCAAUUCUCACAGGUUUUUAUAAAUCGUAAUCUGUGAUGUCUUGAACAUUUAAUCAAAUGCUAUGUUUGGGGGAAAUCAAUUACAGUAUUUCCAUUCCAGUUAUGUCUGAUUUACCUAAUGUAUUUUGAAGCAAUCAUGCUUAGGUUUUCAAUUAGUCAAUUAUGGUAAACAUGCUUAAUUUCUAACAAUAUUAUUUUUUACAAUUAGACAUACAAUUUUAAUACCACAAAUUUAAAGGGAUUUUUUUUUUCUGUUAAUUUUUUUUUAGGUUUAGCUAAUUCUGGCAAGGCUUAAUUUACCAUAAUAAAAUUUCUAUCAACUAGCAUUUUUAUUGGUCAAACUUUUUCUGCCAAACUAACAUUCUGAUUGGUCGAAUCCUGGGGAGAAAUUAAAUUUGGACCAUUUUUUAAGCACCUGCCACGAUAAGGAAAUAAGUUACCAUGUUAAUGUAAUUUUGUUUUUUGUUAAUAUAAGGUUGGCCUAUAGGCUGACGCAUAGUUUAUGUUGUGGUUAGCUUUCUGUCUCAUCCAUCCUCUGUACAUUAAACAAGGCAAUUGUAACAUGUUGAAAAUAAAGAUAUGUGAAAUGAGCAA